AUGAACGAAACGUUAAAGAAAUGGAACGAAAAGGAAAUUACAUUGGAUGAUGUUCCCAGCAAGAUAUCCAAUGGUUCCAAGAUCUACAUUGGAUCUUGCGGUUCGACAACUGAGGCAAGCUUGCAGGCCAUGGUUGACGAUUUGUCGCUUGCCAACAUACAAAUCUUGCAGAUGAUCCCAGGAGGAAACUUGCCACAUCUUACUCAAUCACUGGACCGGUUUCGGACAUCUAGUUUCUUUUCUUAUAAUACAACCAACUUUUUCUCCACGACAGAGCGCCACAAUCCCGAAGGACUCACCGACUACACACCGGUUGGUGUCAACCAAAUCACACGGCUGCUUCAGGAAAACUGUGUUCAAGUGGAUGUUUCUAUCAUCAAAGUGACACCACCGCACAAAGGAUUUGUCUCACUUGGAAUGGGUGUGGAAGCGACAAUGGACUUUAUCCGACAUAGUGGGAUUGUCAUUGCGGAGGUGAAUGAAAAUAUGCCAUGGACGGAAGGACGUAGCAAGAUUCCGAUAGACGAAAUCGAUUGGUGGAUUCCAGUGCACAAACCCAUACUAACAACAAAUCAGCUGUGGCCAGAAUUGAUAUCGGGACCGUCUUAUCCAGAUGAAAUCAUGGACAGGAUUGGGUCUCAUGUCGUCAAGGAAAUCCCAGACAGAGCGACCAUUCGACUAGGUGUCUCACCCAUGCUUUAUUCAAUUAUCAAGUUCUUGCGUCAACGAAGUGAUCUGGGAUUACACACGGACCUUUUGAACCAAGAACUGUACAAUUUGCACAUAGAAGGUGUGAUUACCAACAAGUAUAAAACAAUUGACAAAGGGCGCAGUGUGGUUGGUCAAGCACAUGGCGACGCCGAACUCUAUGAUUUCUGUGAUAGGAACCCAAUCAUUGAAUUCCACCCAUCGAGUUACACUUGUGAUCCCCAAACCCUUGCCAAGAUCGACAAUCUUGUCUCAAUUAUUGCAGCAUUAAAGGUGGAUGUGACUGGUCAAGUUGCAACAGACUCGAUUGCUCACAAAUUUUAUGGAGGAGUCUGGACGGAUGAAGAUUCGAUUCGUGGUGCCAAGUUUUCCAAAGGUGGGAAACCGAUUGUAAUCUUGCCAUCCAUGAGCAUUUCGGGGCGCUCGAAUAUCGUCUUUGAGCUGCCUCCAGGGACAGGAGUCUCUAUCACUCGGAGUGAUGUGGAAUAUGUCAUUACAGAAUUCGGAACAGCCUACCUCUAUGGCAAAUCCAUUCGAGAAAGGUGUCUAGCACUCAUCAAUAUUGCUCACCCAGAUUUCCGUCAAGAGUUAAUGAGCCAAGCCAAGGAGAAUCGAUAUGUUUCCAGGUCACAGCCAGGACGCUCUUUGAGUUCCGGCUAUCCUGCUGAAUUGGAGACUCACCACAAAACAAAAACAGGCAAGGACGUUUUUGCACGUGCUGUCAAGACUACCGACGAAGACAAUCUGAGAAACUUCUUUCACCGCCUGAGUGACCAUUCAGUGUACCUUCGCUACUUCAGAAAGCUGAAAUCAAUGCCACAGCGAAUCCUUCAAAAGACGGCAGACGUGGAUUAUUCCAAGGACAUGGCGAUUGUUGUACAGGAUUGUGUGGACGAAUAUCACCAUGAGAUUGUUGCAAUCGGCCAGUGGGUAAGUGAUCCUCGAGGUGGCCUAUCGGAACUUGCCUUUCAAGUGCGAGAUGACUGGCAGGGUGAAGGAUUAGGUUCCUUUCUGUUCAAACGGCUCAUUGACAUCGCCAAAGAAAACGAGAUUCAACACCUCAAGGCGGAUGUUUUGAAUGACAACAAAGGGAUGAACAUUAUCAUUGAACACAGCGGUGUGAAAUAUCGAAAGCGGUCUGAUUUUGGUGUCGUCACGUAUCUAUUUGAUUUGGCUCCGCCAGAACCAAAGAAAGAGUAG